CUCGUGAACUAGAGUCUACCUAGGGAGAUCAAUGGAAGGAAGACGGUCGAUCCUUCUGCAGUGCCAGGCUCAUGGGUCAUGACUCUUUCACGAGGGGUGCAUGAAUCGGUGGCUCAAGAACUUUAAAACAAUCCUUUGAACGGCGAAACCUCGCGCUACCCAUCGUCUGGUUAAUUUUAAUCGCAAGCAAUUUUCGAUGCAAAAGUUUUUCCGCUUCCCCCCUGUAGGCCUCUAAAAGUCGAGUCGAGGAAUAUGUUGUUGUCCCCACCACAGCUGAGAUUGCAACAUGAAACUCCAGGCAAGCCUUCUUACUUUGGCUUUGGCCACUGUCUCGUUAUCUAAACCUACGGCGAGGCAAUCGACCUCAUUCGUGAAGGCUGAUGGCCAAAGCUUCACCCUCGAUGGUCAACCGUACACUGUCUUUGGCUCCAACUCCUACUGGGUUGGCUUGACUGGUCUCACCACCGAUGAAAUGGAUGUCACAUUUCAGGACAUUGUCGAAACCGGUGGGACUACUGUCCGAACAUGGGGCUUUAACGAAGUCACCUCCGCCAGUGGCGACUACUACCAGCUCUGGAACGGAAGCACCCCUACUAUAAAUUACGGUUCGACUGGUCUUGAGAACUUUGAUAAUGUUGUGGCUGCUGCUAAGGCAAACAACAUUCGCCUCAUUGUUACGCUUACGAAUAACUGGUCAAACUACGGCGGAAUGGACGUUUACGUUGACCAAAUCCUUGGUGAAGGCCAGCCUCAUGACUACUUCUACUCUAACCCCGAGGUCAUUGCCGCCUUCCAAAACUACGUGAAGGUGUGGAUUGAAAGGUACAUCGAAGAGCCCACCAUCUUCGGUUGGGAGCUGGCAAAUGAGCCACGUUGCACUGGAUCCACCAACGCUACCUCAGGUACUUGCACUACCACUACGAUCACGGAUUGGGUCAAGACUAUGUCCAGCUACAUCAAGUCUCUCGACAGCAACCACCUAGUUGGUCUCGGAGACGAGGGCUGGUUCAACUUGUCCAACUCCACCGACUAUGCUUACGAUGGUUCUCAGGGUGUCGACUUCGAUGCCAACUUGGCUAUUGACACUAUCGACUUUGGAACUUUCCACCUAUACCCCUACACUUGGAGUGAGGAAACCCCGAGCGCGAUGGUCUGGGGUCAGGAAUGGAUCGAGAACCACCGCGAUGCUCAGGCCACCUACAACAAACCUGUACUGAUGGAAGAGUUUGGUGUAUACGCUGACCAGAACCAGACCACGACCUACGAGAAUUGGUACUCCACCGUGAUCGAUGGCGGGUUGAGUGGUGUACUCAUCUGGCAAGCUGGUUCGAACUUGACGAGUGGACUCACACCAAACGACGGUUUCACGAUUUACCCCGAUACUCCCGUGUACUACUUGGAAGAGCAGUUUUCGGCUCAACUCAAAGCAAAGAAUUAGGGACUUCGAAAGGGCCUCAGUUUGUCCAGACAUAGACAGUUUAUGCAAUGCCAUGAUGUCACAUAAACGAACUCUGGUCCCAAGGACUGCUUGGAAAAAAGCAAGCUCCGCAGUAAAAUAAGGGACUUUCCCUCGGAAAUACUUGAGCAGGAAUGACUCAGGACUGGCGAACACAAG